AUGGAGAGCAAGUUCAUUUGUGUGAUUUUUCUGGGGCUUUGCUUAGCCCUAGGAAAUGUAGAUGGACGAAGUUAUUAUAGGAGGGGAAAAGAUUUGGACGAUGUGAGACGGCCUGAUUCGUUUUUCUCGGGAUGGUGGUUUGGUGGCGGCAGCUAUGGAGGUGGCGGUCGCGAUGGUGGAGAUUAUGGUGGCGGGGGUGAUGAAGGGAGAGGAUACGAAGGCAGAAAUGGAGGAGGAAUGUCAAGAGGAGGAUAUAGAGGUGGCAGUCGUGAUGGUGAUGGUGACGGUUACAAUGGUGGUCGCGGAGACAGAGAUUAUGAUGGUGACGGUGAUGGUGGAAGAAUGGAAGGCAGAGGGAACGGAUAUAGAGGUGGUAAUGAUGGCUAUGGCCCAGGGACAAGGUACGGAGGAGGAGGUGGCGGUGGGGGAGGUGGUGGGGGCGGCGGUGGAGGUUGGAACAGCAUGGGUGGCGGGGGCGGCGGUGGGGGAGGUGGCGGGGCGGUGGCUGUUGGAACGGCAUGGGUGGUGGGGGUGGGGGUGGUGGAGGAGGUGGCAGCGGGGGUGGUGGGGGCGGAGGAGGUGGUUACUGAAGCAGGGUAUCUAGAAACGGAGGAGGCUAUUGAGGUGGCAUGGGUGGAAGUGUGA